UCUCAAAAAUCAAAAACAAAAACCGAAAGACUCCGAGUUCUUCAGCCGCCCUAACAAUGCCGAUCUUGUACAUUGCUCCGGCGCCUCAAUUGCCUCGAGAAUGGUUUUACGCAACAAACAAUCCAUACCAAGUGAGCGGACCAAAAGGGUUUACUGAGUUCAAGUACAUGGAAGAGACCCAUGAUCUGUACGUGAGGCUUGAUUUCCCAGGAAUCACUAAAGAGAGCGUCUUGAUCCUUCUCGAACCAUCGAGGAAAGCUGUUGUCGUGAUCGGAAACACACCGAAAGAGAGCAAACACGACUCUUCUCACCGCAAGUACGGAACCGCCACGGGACUCAUCUGUGACUGCUGUGUUAUCAGUAACAUCCAGUGUUUUGUUGGUGAUGGUGUCGUUAGACUCAUCCUCUCCAAGAAGGAGAUCAAUCUUCAUGUUCCUACCUUCUGUUCCUUCGGAGGUGCAAGGAUGCCUACUGAUGUACCUGCUAACAUCAUUCGUGGAUACAACCCAGAAGUCACAGGUGGCCAUCCUCUUGCUCAUCUCCGUGGACUUAACCCAGAAGGUUGCCGUGGAACUGACCCUUUUGAUCCGGCGUUCAUGGGUCCGACCAUACUACCACACCCGUCAGUGUUGGAGGGAUCCACGAGUGCUUACGAGUCAAAGCAGCUCUCAAACGGUGGUCUCUUUCUCCGUAUUGACAUGCCUGGUGUCCCCAGAGACAGCUUCAUGGUGGCAGUGGACGGCGACGAUGUUGUCAACGUCAUUGGACGAGCUCCUGCGACCAUGCACGACUCAAGUGGGCGUAAUUACGUAGGCAAGGUCGCCAUUGUCCCUAGAGGUUAUGACCCCCAUCGGAUCAAGAUAAUCGCCAAGCUUGGUGUCAUCCGUCUCAUUAUCCCUCCCUACUAAUUAAAAUUCAUCGCAUCUUACUUAAUUACUUGAUUAGAUCAUGCUUUUGGAAUUUAUUAUCUUGUUUCAAACAAUAUCUGU